AUGGAAGACAGAGGGACCCCAAGGGUCCGCGAGCUCGACCUGCGCGAAUGCAAAGUCAGCUCUACUGUUGACAAUAUCAACGUUGUGAGAGGUCUUAAGUGCAGUGCCGCCUUCUUCACUUUCCUACGAGCCAACCUCGCCCUGAGCUCCUCCAUGAUUGCCUCGCCUGCGAGCACACCUCAGCUUGACCCGUUCAGUCCUCCCGCAAGCUCGAAUCCUCUCGAAGUCACAGCUCCAGCACCGGCCGCUGCUCCAACCACGAUACCCUCCAAGCCAGCGUCGAGCUCCAGCGGUGCUGCGCUCGAGCUCGUGCCCCUCGAAGACAUUCCCGAGCUGUCACUCGACCCUCUCCGGACCGAAGACGAGCAAAAGGAAGGCCUCAAGCUCCUCGCCGACACCGUGGCCGGCAUGCGCACGCCCGCCACCGUCACCGUCAUGUCCCACCCGAGCUGCCUCGUGCCCUUUACCACCUUUCUCUCCAUCAUCUACUACACGCGCUACACCAUCCCGGGCCACUUCAAGGUCACCGCCUGCUGCACGUACGGUUCCGUCAUUGUCUACAUCUUUCUAAUAUGGUGCAUGGCCCGGCCCUACAAGACGUUUGCCAAGGACAUCAACCGCGCCUGGCUGGACGAGGAGGGGCCCAACCGCGACAUCAUGGUCGGCGCCCGCGGCAAGGACAACAAGCUCGCCGGCGUCCUCGUCCUGCGCCUCAGCCCCAAACUCGUGCCCACCGGGGGGCGCCGCCGCACCCGCAGCCUGUCCUUCAAGGGCGGUCGGGGUCUCAUUCGGGCCUGGGCGGUCCGCCGCAAGUGCCGCGGCCGCGGCGUCGGCAAGGAGCUGCUCCAGGAGGCGGUGCGCAUCACCAGGGAGCGCUGCGGCAAAGAUGCCGAUGUUGGCUUCGUGCAGGACCACGCCCACAGCCGGCUGAUCUUCCACAACAUGUUCAACGGCUUCUUCCACAAGGUCGAGAUUGGCGCCGACAAGGCGCUGCGUGCGGCGGUCAGUGAAUGGUCCGUGACGAAGAAGAAGAGGAAAUGA